AUGUCCACUGAGCCAUUGAAGAGUGAUAAUAGCCUAGAAAUAAGUGAAAUUCUUCCUGAAAAUGGUUUGAUACACACUAAGCUGAAGGAGAUGCAUUUACUGCUAUGUAAGCCAAAAAUUCUUCCCGUGAAAUCCUACACAUUGGAAAAGCUUGAAGUGUUAGAGAAAAGACUAUCCUCGGAGGCAAAGCAGCGCAGGCAAUUCGUGCAUUCACAGAGGGAAGCAUCAGCCUGGAAGAGUGCUGAAAACUUGCCUAGUUUAAAAUCCGGACCGGAUUCUCCAAUGAUGCUGCAGCAACCAAAUGAGUCCCCAACUCCUACAGGUGGAUCCGAGGCCAUGAAGUUUGGAAAGGAGAUGCCGAGGAAUGAACCCUGUUGUGAGGGAGGGGUAUGCACAUGA